UUAGAUGUGACGCCACAGCUUGUCCAGGAAGGGACUCUUACUGGAUGUUUAACACGUCCAGAGAAACAGACAGGUCUCAAAAGGGGCUUAAUUCUUUUCCCCCUGCCUUAAAAAAAGGGAAAGAAAUAUGUGUAACUUUUCUUGGAAGAUUUGUCUGGGAAUUUGGAUGUUUGUGCUACUUGAAUGGCAUGUUCAAGCAUUUGCAGAUGAACCCAAUUUACCUGCAGAGAACAUAGAAGCUAAGGAAACUACACCAAAUCUCCCACCUGAUGGCUGGCAAUCAAUUAGAAGCCAUUCCCAGUUCCUGGAUUCUAAGCAUCUUCUUGAUUUCAGGGAAUUUGAGAAAUUCAACAAGCGCUUGUUGUUCCGAAAGAAGAGAUCAAUUUUCUUUCCAACUGGAGUUAAAAUAUGUCCAGAUGAAUCUGCUGAACAAGCUAUUGCCAACCAUCUGAAAUACUUUAAACUUAGAGUGUGCCAGGAGGCAGUAUGGGAAGUCUUCAAAACUUUCUGGGAUAGGCUUCCUGGACAUGAAGAAUACCAGAAGUGGCUCAACUUAUGUGAGGAAGAAACUAUGAGUAUAUUUGAGAUGGGCACCAACUUCAGUCAGUCUGAGGAGCAUCAAAGCCUCAUAACAAAGAAACAGUCCUAUGCUAAAGAAGCAGUGGGUGGUUCCUGCAAUGACUGGUCCUGUGGUACUGGGGUAUCAACAGCUUCUCCACCUGGUGAUGCUACCACAUUAAGAGAUGCAGCUGCCAAUGUUCCACCACCUGAUGUGGUUUCAAUUGAGAGUCCCACAGAUAUAAUCACUGACAAGACAGAAGACAUCGAAGCCAACAAUGAGAUAAAGCAAGAUGAAAAAUUGCUGAAACCAUCUCCUGAACAAAUGGUUGAAUUCAGUAUUCUUCUCCCUGAAGAAAAAUAUACCAAUGAGCUGAGUGACCCCUCUACUGAAGAGUACCAACAACUUUCUCUACAGUUUAUUUCAGAAAUUCAAAAGGCAUAUGAGGAACUGCCUGGAUACAAGAAGAUUCAUGUGACUAAAUUCAGGCCUCCUCAGGAAGACAGUGGUGUGGAGGUUCUAUACACUGUGAUUUUUGAUGGGGAAGCUAUCAGCAAUGCUACUUGGGACUUGAUUAACCUUCAGUCCAACAAAGUGGAAGACAACUCCUUUCUAGAGAUUGAAGAUAACCCAACUGUUGUUUACACAAUCAGUGACUUCAGACAUUUUAUUGCCGAAAUUCUUCAUAAGAACUCGUUACUUGAGAAUGCCUCAUUAAACUUGAAUCCUGAGUCUCUUCAGCUUAUUAAUGUAAAAGAAGUGGUCACGUCUAUAACAGAAGACCCAACCCAGAUUACUACUCAGCCUAUUGAUUAUGAUCAUGCCGUGGUGUCCGAAUGGCCAUCUGCAGAUGAAUCAACUGUAAGCAACAUCUUGCCACUUGAUUUCACAAGGCCAGGUUUUAUCUUUGAUACUGAUCAAUAUAAUGGGAAUGAAAUCUGGUUAAGACCUGAUUCAGAUUUCUUGAACCCUGAAAGCAAUUUCAGUUCAACACCCAAAGCGACUUCCCAUUCAAAACCUGGCAUCACCAUUCCAUCAGAUGAUCUGCUUUUUGUGGAUGGAAAACAGCUGCAUUCUGUCACACCAUCAGCAUUAGACACUGAUGACUCUGUGGACCUGGAAAACAUUUCUGAUUUCUCUUUGCUGGAAGAUGCACUUGAAGAUGCUAAGGAGUCAGAAGGUUUGCUUUUGCCUUCAGGUCCUACCCAUCACACUGUGCCAAAAGAAAUUUCACCCACAACUGAUUCUGUGAUUCCUCUCACUCCUGUACCACCCAUGGCCUCUGUAUCAACCAUACAGCCUAGCACUGAGGAACUAUUGUCUACAAGUUUUGUAGAAGAGGAAACCCGGCAACCUUAUAUCUAUAUAGAAGAUGACAAUAUUGAUUACUUUGGUUCUGGUUCAGGGCAUGAGCCACAAACAAACACAUGGCCUUGGUAUACAUCUACAUUGGAAAUGGAAGGAUCGGGUAUGUAUGAUUAUAAGGAAACAAAUUUUAUAUUGGAAUCCUCGAAAGAUUAUGAAUCUAAAGACCUAUUAGAUGAAGUCAUAUCCCAGCCAUCUUUGGAAACAGAAGACACUUCGAUAGAAAAUAUUCUUGCUACAUCUACUGAAAUGUAUGACACGAUACAAUUCCAAGAUUCCAGGGAGGAUCUGCAAAUCAUUUCUGAAGUAACUGAAAGCCAAGACCAAUUAAAAACAGAGCAGUCAGCAACUGAUUCUCUACAAAUAGCUAUUACAAUAAGACAGACAGAUAGUAGCUCUCAAGGAGCUGGAUUGGAGAAACCAGAAAUAACUUUAACAACAGAUCCUUCUGUACAAAGUCCAGUGACUGAUAGUUUUACAGUGGUACAGCUAAUUCCUGAUUCAACAACACAUGAGGCCACUGGCUCAAUUGUUCUAAAACCUGUUGUUACUCCUCCUGUGGAAAGUGCCACUCUUCAACCUGUACAUGAAGUCAUGACUUCAGUAGCAUCACCUAGUUUUGAAAUUUCAAGUGUGGUUCCUUUCUUCAUCAAAGUGAUAACUCGUUCUAGUGACUUCACCAAGGAGGUCACUGCAACACAUGCCACUAAUACUCCAAGCAGCUUUGACAGUGAACUCAGCUCUUCAGCAACUGCGGCCAUAACAGAGUAUUCUCUCCAUGCUCUCUCUCACAUGCCUACCACAGAGCCAACUGCGUUUCAGCCUACAGUUAUCUCAACUGAUUUGGAGAAAAACCUGAUCACAAAAGAACUGGAAGUUACAGAACAGGACCACACUGGCACAGCAUAUUACCCUUCUGAAAUGACCCAGGAAGGAAGCAUGACAGAUAGUCGUAUGGAGUUGUCUACAAGUGCCCAUUCUACAGAGAUGGCCAGCGUAGCUGGGGCUACUCAUGAAAAUCUCAGCAAUGUUACUGUUCCUGCACGUGCUUUAGUGGUAUUUUUUAGUCUUCGCGUUACCAACAUGAUGUUUUCUGAGGACUUGUUUAAUAAAAAUUCCCCUGAAUACAAAGCUCUGGAACAGAGAUUCUUAGAACUGUUGGUUCCUUAUCUACAGUCAAAUCUAACAGGCUUCCAAAAUCUAGAAAUUCUGAAUUUCCGAAAUGGUAGUAUUGUGGUGAACAGCCGAAUGAAAUUUGCAAAACCUGUGCCUCGUAAUGUCACUAAUGCCGUAUACUUGAUCCUGGAAGACUUUUGCAACACUGCUUACCAGACUAUGAACCUAGCUAUUGACAAGUACUCGCUUGAUGUAGAAUCAGGAGAACAAGCAGAUCCUUGCAAGUUUCAAGCAUGUAACGAGUUCUCUGAAUGUCUGGUGAAUCAGUGGAGUGGAGAGGCUGAGUGUGUCUGUUAUCCUGGGUAUCUGAGCAUCGAUGGAUUGCCUUGUAAUAGCAUUUGUGAUCUGCAACCUGACUUUUGUCAAAAUGAUGGUAAAUGUGACAUAAUUCCAGGACAAGGGGCAAUAUGUAGAUGUCGUGUGGGUGAAAACUGGUGGUACAGAGGAGAACACUGUGAAGAGUAUGUCUCUGAGCCUCUUGUUGUGGGUAUCGCAAUUGCUUCAGUAGCAGGUUUCCUUCUUGUAGCAUCCGCUGUCAUUUUCUUCCUGGCCAGAACCCUUCGAGAGCAGUACUCAAAGAGUGAAAUUGAGGACUCUCUAGGGCAAGGAGAUAGUCUUUCAUCCAUUGAAAAUGCAGUGAAAUACAACCCAAUGUAUGAGAGUGAUGCUACUGGACAGAGCCACUAUUAUAGGAGAUAUCCUCAGCUCACUUCAUAUAGCUCAACAAGCAAUGAGACAUCCACUGAGUACAGCAGCGAAGAGAUCAGGCACAUUUAUGAACAUAGUGAGCUAACUAAGGAGGAGAUUCAGGACAGAAUACGGAUUAUAGAACUUUACACCAAAGACCGACAGUUUGCAGAGUUUGUACGACAGCAUCAAAUGUGA